AUCUUUUACGACAAAGUAGCUACUGAACUUCUAAUCCCAGAAACCCAACAAGGCAGUAAGAAAUCCAUAGAAAAAGCUCUAGGAAGUUAUUCGGAAGCCGAGAGAAAAAAGUGGAAAUUUGAAAAAGAUGGAGAAGGUAUGAAUUUAACUCAAAUUCAAGAAAGUAUUGCCGGAGCCUGGACUGAAAAGAUAAUUAGAUAUGCUGAAAAAAUUCCACUCAUUAGCGCUAUCUUUAGAGAUAUUAAUGUGGAAAAUUUUUUUGCCUUACGUAAACAGUUGCGUAAACUCAAACAAAAUAGAGAUAGCAUUAUGGAA